AUGGGCUAUAAAUGAAAUGAAUCACUUAUUCUUUCUUCAAGCUUUCAUUUCCUUUCAUUAAUCUAUUCAUAUGAGUCAAUCUAAAAAAGGAGUCUUUUCCGUAUUCAAACAGGAGGGAAACCAACGACAAGCACCCUUCUAUUGUCGUUGGACAGAAGAUGAAGAUAAGCUAUUAUACGAUGCAGUUCAGUUACAUGGUCCACACAAGUGGUCCCUGAUUGCUAGACACGUUCCUGGUAGAACUCCCGUCCAAUGCUCCACACGUUGGUUAGGUGCUUUAAAUCCUCAUGUGCAUAAAGGUCGCUGGUCGAAAGAAGAGGAUGAAGCACUUACCGCCGCUGUUAGACCUUAUCUUAAUAACAACAAUAACAAAUCAUCAUCAUUACCUUUAUCAUCGAAUUCAUCAUUGUCAGCAUCAUCAGUCACAUCUGCAUCAGAAACCGAAGAAGAUAACCUACCUUGGAGCAAAAUCGCCCUGCAUAUCCCUAACCGCACCGGUAUUCAAUGCCAAGCACGCUGGACUGAAGCAUUGGAUCCAUCUGUUAGAAAAGGUCGCUGGAAGAAAGAAGAAGAUGACUUGUUGAAAAUUGGCGUUGAACGUUAUGGUUGCUGUUGGAUUCGCGUAGCAGGUUUUAUUCCUGGAAGAACACAAAGGCAAUGUCGAACAAGAUGGAAUCAAAUUCAAUCAAAACGACAAAAGAAGAGUACUAUAAAUGCUACGGCAACAACGCCUACUGUAUUGGCGAUACAGCAGCAACAUACUAGUACCAAGAAAUUAGCAGUGAAAACUGAACAACCAAAACCCAUCCAGCACAAGAAGAAGUCUGAACAUAGUCAAGAAAUAUUACAAUGGAAGACUUAUUCAACAUGCAAAGGUAGCAUGGAAGAACAACUUAUCAAGCCCAUUCAAUUAUCAGCUACGCCUUACAUUCUUCUGAAUGAACAAAUGUCUUCUGUAAGCCAUACCAAUUCCAAUGCUGCAGCAUCACCCAUCUCAAAUGCUAUCGUGAUACCUUCCGAUAUUCAGUCACCUUUACAAUCACCUUCCACAGUCUCCUCUGGCUUGUCCUCAAUGGAUGAAGAUGAAUUUACUGAAAACAGCCUUGACGACUAUUUCCACUCGUUAACUGAUGUUAUCAAGGUGGAAGGCUAUAACGACAAUAUCAACCAUAAUAAAACAACGAAUAACAACUUAAGUGCAAUGGAUGCCGUUCAGCUUCUGGACAACUUCGACAACAUGGCCUUGCCGACAACAGCUCCAACAACAACUCAUAACGAAUCCUUACUUAAUCAUUUCUUAUAUGAUCAACAGCCUGAUCCUCUAUCAUUCUUGUCCCUAUAUGAAUUCUUGCAGUCGCCGACAGCAGCUAUCACAACAACAGCAGCAUUACCCAGCUUAAUGUUAGAUAGCUAUAUAAAUAUUCCUAAUAGCUGCACCACUACUACCACUACUACUACCACUUCUAGUUCAUAAAUCUCUAUUGUAAAAUGCCAUUUCUGUAGAAUUAUAGUUAUUGCUCUCGUGUAACAUACUUUAUGCCUCCUGUUCUUUUUGUACUUUGUAAAUCUAAAAUAUACCUACUCUACUUUUUAUAUUGUGUAACAAAAGCCUUCUCUAUAUUUAAUAAAUAUAUUCCAAAGGGUCUCGUUUACCCCACAAUAACU